AUGGCUGACGACGAGUUCGACAUCGACAUCUAUGGCGACACCAACACCGAACAGGAGACAGAAGGCACUUUGAAAGAAGAUGAAGAAGGCGACAUGAAUAUCGACGGUCUUGAAUCAGUAAAUGGCCACGCUGCCGAAGCCAAUGGACAGAAGCAUGAAGAAGAGCAAGAAGAUGAUUACGUCGACAUCAAGACCGGUAACGAUAUACGAGACCAGUCGAUGAGCGAGCAGCAAAAGAUCAAGAGCACCGAUGAGUCCGGAGCUGAUAUCCUCACUAUCCCCAAGCAAGCCCCACAACAGCAAGGUGUCAAGAGAAAAGAAGGUUCUGAUGAUCGAGAUGUUGACCCUGGAGCGACAACUGCGUUGCUGAUCUCAGAUCUGCACUGGUGGAACACCGACGAUGAUGUUCGUGGCUGGGUCAAUCAAGCGCGGGUUGAGGAUGAAUUGAAGGACAUCACAUUCUCGGAGCACAAAGUCAAUGGCAAAAGCAAAGGACAAGCGUAUGUUGAGUUCACAUCGCAACAAGCAGCCACUGCGGCCAAACGACAGAUCGAUGCCUUUGGAGAAGGGGUUCCGUAUGCGAAGAAACAUUCAGUUACAUACUCGAAUCCUAACAUCAAUCCCUUCCGAACACUGCCGAAAGAUGCCCCUAUGCGAGCUGGCAAGGAUGGUCAAACUAAUCGAGCACCUUCUGGAGGAUAUAACAAUGAUCGUGGUAACUCAGGAGGGAAUUUCGGGGGGAAUUUCCGUGGACGAGGCGCUGCUUAUAACAAUCGCGGCAAUAUGAACAACAACAUGAACAACUUCAACCGAAAUAAUUCCUUCAAUCCUGGUAUGGGCAACAUGGGCGGUGGUUUCAAUGCUCCCAUGGGAGGCUUCCCUGGAAACCCGAUGGGCGGAAACUUCGGAGGAUUCAAUAAUCGUGGUGGCAUGAUGGGUGGCAUGCGAGGCGGUCCUGGAAUGAGAGGCAGAGGGGGCAUGAAUAAUAUGAUGGGCGGAAUGCCCAUGGGAGGUAUGCCGAUGGGUGGAAUGGCUGGAGGUAUGGGCGGUAUGCCAAUGAAUAUGAGCCAGAUGAUGCCAAAUGCUGGUGGAUUCCAGGGCAUGCAACCCCACUUCAACCCGGCUUUCUUCCAACAAAAUCAACCAGCCGGAGGUGAUUGGCAAAAUCCACACGGAGCCAAACGACCACGGCCAGAGUAA